GGCACGUGGCACUUCUCUCUUCUUGGCAAAGUGUGCUGAUAUGGACAACAUAAAACAGUGAUGAUCCCUGAGGUUGCGUAUAAUCGAUGGAUGCAUUUUCCACUUGUAUCAUGAACUCAAGGACGACUGAGAGGAGGUGGAGUUGAGCCAUGCCGGUGCUAGAGGUGAUCUGCAGCCUGAUUGGCUGGCUGUGCCUCUACCUGUUGUUCUGCUGCAGCUUCGCCAAGCGGGGGCCAGAGUGGAACUGCCGCCUGGUCACGUUGUCCCACGGGGUCCUCAUAGUGCUGCUGACGGCUUACGUCGUCUUUAUCGACGGGCCCUGGCCCUUCACACACGCAGGUACAGAAAACACUGAUCUCCAGACGUUCGCCCUGACCGUCUGCCUCGGCUACUUCUUCUUCGACAUUUGCUGGUGUGUAUGCUAUGGGACAGAGGGGCCGGUCAUGCUGGCGCACCACGCUGCGAGCAUUGUGUGCAUCCUGAUGGUGCUGCUCAUGGGCGUGUCGGGCUGUGAGACCUGUGGGGUUAUCUUCGGCAGCGAGCUCACCAACCCCCUGCUGCAGACCCGCUGGUUCCUCCGGCAGCUGGGCCUGUACAACACCCUGCUGGGCGACGCAGUGGACCUGCUCUUCAUUGUACUUUUUGCCACUGUUCGCGUGGGAGUCGGCACGGUGAUGUUUUACUGUGAGCUCACCUCUCCCAGGACCCCACUGAUAAUGAAGCUCAGCGGGGUGGUUAUGUACGGACUCGCGUGGGUGUUCAUGGUGGACAUAGCCAGAUUUGGCUACAAGAAAAGUCGGGCCAAGUACAAAAAGUGGAUGGAGAAUCACAAGCUGAAAGAAACGAACGCAGAAAAACUGGACUGAAGUGAGAUCUUGCCUGGGCGACAGUUUUCAAAGCAGCUUCUACAGCUUUAAAGGUGCAAUGUACAGCAACAGUUCACAAAAGAAAUAAUAAAUCAUUACCACACA